AUGAUCUGGCAAGCGGCUUUUAAGCCUUUGGCGGCUGUGGCGCUGUUAUGCGCCUCUAGCGAGGCCGCUGCGCUUCUCCCUCGCCAAGGGGACCCUCAGGCUUGCCCUGGGUACAAAGCUAGCAAUGUAAAGACCGACGGUGGAGCUAUCGUGAGCGCAGAUUUGAAUCUCGCCGGAGCUCCGUGCAAUGUCUAUGGUACCGACCUGGACAACUUAAAGUUGCUUGUGGAGUAUCAAUCCCCUGAGCGACUGCAUGUCAAGAUAUACGAUGCCGACGAGCAGGUCUAUCAGAUUCCUGAAUCCGUGCUUCCGAGACCAGGGACCGAUAAAGGCAUGAGUCCGAGCAAGUCGGAUCUGAAGUUCUCUAUGAAUCACAAUCCAUUCUCGUUCGCCAUCACUCGCAAGUCGACAGGGGAAGUUCUCUUUGAUACAAGUCAUCAUCCAAUUGUCUUUGAAUCGCAGUACCUCGGCCUGCGCACGAGAUUACCCGAGUCGCCAAACCUCUACGGUCUGGGAGAAAGCGUCGACCCCUUCCGCCUGAAGACUUCGAACUACUCCAGGACUCUCUGGUCGCGAGAUGCUUACGGGACGCCCGAAUUCACCAACCUGUACGGCAACCACCCCGUAUAUUUUGACUACCGUGGGAAGAAUGGUACCCAUGGUGUCUUCUUGGCCAACAGCAACGGCAUGGAUGUUGUCCUUGAUGACUCCGAUGGGCAGUAUCUCGAGUAUCGCACCCUUGGUGGUGUGAUUGACCUGUAUUUCCUGGGCGGGCCUAGCCCUAAAGAAGUUGCCAUGCAGUAUGCACAGACAGUUGGCCUUCCUGCAAUGAUGUCCUAUUGGCACUUUGGUUUCCACAAUUGUCGUUAUGGUUACUAUGAUAUCUACGAGGUUGCAGAGGUCGUCGCCAACUACAGCGCCGCAAACAUUCCACUGGAGACUCAAUGGGCUGAUAUUGAUUACAUGGACCUCCGAAGAGUAUUUACUCUGGAUCCAUACCGAUUCCCCUUGGACAAGACUCGGGAGCUCGUCGCGCACCUGCACAAAAAUAACCAACACUAUGUGGUGAUGGUAGACCCAGCAGUUGCAUAUGUCGACUAUCCACCAUUCAAUAACGGCGAAAAAGCCGACGCUUUCAUGAAGUAUCCUAAUGGUUCAACCUAUCAGGGAGUUGUCUGGCCCGGAGUCACCACUUGGCCUGACUGGUUCGCCCCUGGUACUCAAGACUACUGGAACAAAGAAUUUGCAACUUUCUUCGAUCCCAACACUGGUGUGGAUAUUGAUGCCCUUUGGAUUGACAUGAAUGAACCGUCCAACUUUUGUGACUUCCCUUGUACCGACCCUGCCGCGUUUGCUGGUACUGCAGGUGACCCGCCCUCGGUUCGUCCUUUGCGCCUUAGUCCCCCUCGGCCUAUUCCUGGCUUUUCCAAAGACUUCCAGCCCACAUGUGUUGCAGAAGCAUCCUUUGAUUGCUAUGCCGAGGCGUACUAUGGCGAGAGCAUCUUUAUCCUCGGAGAUGUGCCUAGCUUUGGCAACGGUGAUCCGCUCAUGGCAGCGCCCUUGGAUGCGACGAACUACCCGGAUUGGCAGGUUACUAUUCAGUUGCCGCCAAAGACAAAGAUUACUUAUCAGUAUGUCCGCCGUGAGGCAGACGGCACGUUCAUAUAUGAGGCUCAGAACCGCACCCUCACCACUGGUGACUGUCAUUCCGGAGUCCAGGCCGUGUUUGGUAACAUUACAACCACUUCCGGGCCGCACAAGAGAUCCCUUGAGGCCACAGUCUAUUCCUCCGUUCAAGCUAUCAAGAAUGAGCGCCGCAGCAGCAGCACUCCUGGAUCUAUGAAAGGCUUACCCGGUCGUGACCUCCUGAAUCCUCCAUACCAAAUUAACAACGCUGCCGGAGCGCUGAGCAACAAGACCAUGCAAACAGACCUAAUCCACGCCAAUGGCCUCACCGAGUACGACACCCAUAAUCUAUACGGCUCGAUGAUGAGUUCAGCUAGUCGCGACGCCCUCAUUUACCGCCGACCCGAUUCGCGUCCCCUAGUAAUUACUCGGUCUACCUUUGCCGGCGCCGGCGCUCAGGUCGGCCACUGGCUGGGAGACAACAUGGCCGAUUGGGACCACUACCUCUGGACGAUCGAGCAACUGCAAGAAUUUGCAGCUCUCUUCCAAGUCCCCAUGGUUGGCAGUGAUAUCUGCGGAUAUGGCGGCUACACCAACGAGAAUCUUUGCUCUCGCUGGGUCUGGCUGGGCGCAUUCUCGCCGUUCUUCCGUGAUCACCAAGGCUGGGGCACGCCGGGCCACGAGCUUUAUUACUCUCCUCAGGUUGCAUCGGCCUCGCGUGCUGCGAUCGAUAUUCGCUAUCGUCUUCUAGAUUACGCCUACACCGCACUGUGGAACCAAACUCGAACAGGCUCGCCAAUGCUGAAUCCCAUGUUCUUCAUGUACCCGGCGGAUAUCAAUACCGCCACUUUGCCGUACCAGUUCUUCUGGGGCGAUGCUAUUAUGGUCGCUCCCAUCUCAGAGGAGAACUCUACUUCAGUGAACGUCUACUUCCCAGAGGACCGUUUCUACGACUUCUACACCGGCGCACCCGUUCAAGGCACCGGCUCCACCGUGAGACUCUCAAAUAUUGACUACAAUACUAUGCCUCUGUACUUCAAGAGCGGGAACAUCAUCCCCAUGCGCACGGAGUCAGCAUACACGACCGCGGAACUGCGCCAAAGGGAUUUCACCUUGGUGAUUGCUAAAGACGCCGAUGGCAACGCAUCUGGAUCGUUGUACCUCGACGAUGGUGAUAGUUUGGUUCAGAAAGCUACUAGUAACAUCGCUUUCACCUAUCACGGGAAGACCGGUCGUUUCAAGAUGACGGGCGAUUUUGGUUAUCACCCUGGUAAUGUUGCAAUUCGCAGUAUCACUGUGCUUGGUGCCGCUCACGCUGGCAAGAAUGGGAAGUACUCAUCAGCAGACAAGAAGGCUGUGUAUAAGGUGAACAUUCCUUUGACCAAGGCUUACGCUGGUAACUUUGAGUCAUGA